AGAGGAUUUAUGUUACCAAGCGACGAAGAGGAUUGACAGAGGAGAUUAUUUGCUCCAUAAGCAUCCGUUAAAACACACAUCGUAUUUUUAUCAUGGAAUAAUCUCGAAUGGUGUCUGUUCUUUUCAUAUCAGUGGUCGAGACGGCACACAGACAUCCAUCAUGACAGACAGUGUCUUGAGCAAAGCUGCCACGAUGGAAAUACCCAUCAACAGCAACGGAGACACUGGGACGGCUGAAGAUGACAGUCUUGAGCAGGACUUGCAUCAGGUGAUGGUGUCUGGACCCAACCUAAAUGAAACCAGCAUUGUGUCAGGAGGCUACGGAGGGGCAGCAGAGGGCAUCAUAACUACCAGUUCCAUCAAAGACAUCCGCUCAAAAUGUAGGGGCAUCACUCCCAGCCAUUCAGCUGCCAGUCGGAUAGCAAACCAGCCAGGAGAUUAUCCAGCUCCCAGCAUGCACCAUAGCAGCAGCAAUCCAUCUAUGAUGUCAGAGGAGGCCACAAGAGGAGUAGCUGUAGAGAAAUUUGACAGCGUGAAGAAGUGGAGCAUCAACACUUACAAGUGCACAAAACAGAUGUUCUCGGAGCAUUUUGGACGUGGUACGAAGACAAUGGACCUGGAGCUUGAAGCUGAAAUUGAUGUGUUGAGAGAGACUAAAUUGAAAUAUGAAUGCAUUCUGAGACUAGCACAAGAGCUCACCAACCACUUCUACAACAUGGUGCAGACACAGCAAGCUCUUGGGGACACCUUUUCUGAUCUGAGCCAAAAAUCCCCAGAACUGCAGGAUGAGUUUGGCUAUAAUGCAGAGACACAAAGACUGCUAUGCAAGAAUGGAGAAACACUAUUGGGUGCCAUCAAUUUCUUUGUGUCCAGCAUUAAUACAUUAGUCAACAAAACCAUGGAAGACACACUGAUGACCAUCAAAACGUAUGAGAAUGCAAGACUGGAAUAUGAUGCGUACAGGACAGACCUGGAGGAGUUGAGUGCGGGUCCGCUGGACGCUGCGGCCAUGAUGCGCAUCGAAAUGGCUCAACAGCAGUACCAAAUCCAUAGAGAAAAGUACGAACGACUGCGCAGUGACGUUACCAUCAAACUCAAGUUCUUGGAAGAGAAUAAGGUGAAGGUGAUGCACAAGCAACUUCUACUCUUUCACAAUGCUAUUUCUGCAUAUUUUGCUGGAAACCAGCAGCAGUUGGAACAGACUCUCAGACAGUUCAACGUGAAGUUGAAGCCACCAGGUUCUGACAAGCCAUCGUGGCUCGAGGAACAGUGAUCACCUUGUCAGUCUAUAGAGACACUUAAAACAUUAAAAUGAAAAUGACAUGAAAAUGGAUGGAUGGGGAUGUAAACUGAUGCAUUAAAUUAGAUAUUUAUAAAUGAGAAGUAAAAGUUUUAUGUUGCCAAACCCUGGAAAGAUGCCCAGUUUAUUUAAAGCCAGGAAAUCUUUAGAGGAAUAUUAUAGGGAUAGUUCACCAAAAAAUUUCACCUUUCAACAUUCACUCACCCACAUGUUGCUCCAAACACAACUUUUUUCUUCUCCAGAAUACAAAAGGAGAAAUUUGGAAGAAACUUUACUGGCCCUUCUUUUCAAUACAAUGGCGGUGAAUAGUGAUUCCGGUUUCAAGCUUCAAAAAGGAUGCAAAAGUGUCAUAAAAGUAUUCCGUGUGAUUCAUGCAUCAUAUUCCAAGUCUUUUGAAUCCAUACUGUAUGUUUUGCUUAAAACUUGUUUUAGCACUUCAUGUGAGAACUUGCGUUGUUUUGAGCAAUUUCUCCUUUUUGUGUUUCGCAGAAGAAAGUCACAUGUGUUUAGAAUGACAUGGGGGUGAAUAAAUGAUGACAGAAUUUUCAUUGUUGCGUGAACCAUCCCUUUAUUCAAGUUAAGUCAAAUUGAUUAUGGAAACUUACCGUGGUUCUGUUUUACAGCUGCCUUAAUUUACUUACAAGAUGUGUAUGAGCUAUUCAUAAUACAAUUACACUAAAUUACAUGAUACAAAUCAGUCACACCAAGCAAUCACUUUGUGUAAAACAUAUGCAAUUUCCGAGGCAUUCAUUAUCAGGUAUUGUAUAUUCACUGUACUCUUCUGUAUCCAGUCAGCACCUCCCAGGCAGGCUAUUUUAUUGCUUUUAUUUUGAUAGAGUGGAACUGAAAGUAAAGAAUUUGAUGCUUGUGUGUUUGCUUUUAAUGUAUGGACGUUUGAAGGAGGACUGUAACAAGGUAUAAGAACGAAAAAUUGUUCACUGUGUGUCAUAAGAAGGAUAAUAAUAUAUUUAUAAUAAUGUAAAGUGUGUCCCACCUAUACAAUUAAAACAUAUUUGAAGGUAUAUAUAUAUAUUUGACUCUGAUGAGUUUGUAAUGUAUAUUUUAUCCCUCAUGUCUCAUUAGCUUUUUUUGCCACCUAUUCCGUACUCUAAUGUUGGCAAAAUGUUCAGAACUGAAAGUCUUAAGUUACCAUCCACUUCAAUUAAAAUGUUUUC